AUGUCUACUGUCAUUGAAAACUUCACAGAAUUUGAAGAAGCUUUAGAAUCUCAUAGUUUGUAUGUUGGAGUAAUGUUUAUGGAUGAAGAAAAUUAUCCUAAUUCCAAAAAAGCAAAUGAAAUAUUUGAAAAAUUAGCUCUUGAAAAUAAUGAUUAUCAUCAUGGUUAUUAUAAGGUCUAUCUUAAUAACUGUGGUGAUAUUGAUUUACAUGAUUUUGACGUAAGUGAUCAAGAUGGUUACACUGGUGAAAAAAUUGAUAAUGUUUUCUAUGUUGGCUUUAUUGAUCAUGGUGAUAUAAUUCAUUAUGCUAAUACGGAAAAUGAUUAUAAAGAAAUGGAAAACAUAGUCAAAAUUAUUAAAUAA